CGAUACGACGCCGUCUCCUCUGUUUCUCACCCAGAAUGCAGGGUAAGUGUUGAAGGAGAUAGACGCAGGCAAAAUUUAAAGGAAAGGAGGUUAAGAGAAGAGUUUGGGACCAUGCCGGGGCAGAAGAUUGAAACGGGUCACCAGGAUGUUGUUCAUGAUGUUGCCAUGGAUUACUAUGGGAAACGUCUAGCAUCAGCUUCAUCAGAUACCACUAUUAAGAUAAUUGGUGUCGGAAGCAAUGCGAGUUCACAGCACCUUGCUACGUUGUCAGGUCACAGAGGUCCUGUGUGGCAGGUGGGUUGGGCGCAUCCCAAGUUUGGGCCGAUCCUUGCUUCGUGCUCGUAUGAUGGCCAAGUGAUAAUUUGGAAGGAGGGUAAUCCAAAUGAGUGGUACCAGGCUCAUGUUUUCAAUGAGCAUAGUGCGUCUGUGAAUUCCAUUUGUUGGGCGCCUCAUGAACUUGGACUCAUCUUAGCUUGUGGUUCUUCUGAUGGGACCAUCUCGGUUUGCACUGCUAGGGCAGAUGGUGGUUGGGACACCACUAGGAUAGACCAAGCAGACCUUGUUGGAGUAACCUCCGUUUCGUGGGCUCCAUCAAUGGCUCCUGGUUCUUUAGUUGGAACUGGCAUGCUUGAACCUGUUCAGAAGCUGGUCUCUGGUGGCUGCGACAAUACAGUGAAGGUGUGGAAAUUGUACAAUGGGACUUGGAAGAUGGAUUGCUUCCCCGCUCUUCAAAUGCACACCGAUUGGGUUAGAGAUGUUGCCUGGGCACCCAACUUGGGACUUCCUAAGUCCACCAUUGCAAGUUGUUCACAGGAUGGAACAGUAAUUAUCUGGACUGUGGCCAAAGAAGGCGAUCAAUGGCAGGGUAAGGUUUUAAAUGAUUUUAAGACCCCGGUUUGGAGGGUGUCAUGGUCACUAACAGGAAACCUACUGGCCGUGGCUGAUGGAAAUAACGAAGUAACAUUGUGGAAAGAGUCUGUUGAUGGCGAGUGGCAACAAGUGAGCACAGUCGAUGCAUAGGUUUUCUCUUUAUUACUACUUUCCAGUUAAUGUCAUUAGUUUUCUUGUGAACUAGACUGCCAGUAUCUUAGAUACAUUACUCUUGCUUUCAUUUUGAAAUACUUUUAGUUCCCUUGUAUUGGUCAGCACUUUUAUCUUCUGUGGGACGAAAUGAUUGUGGUUUGGUGUUGUAAACUUGUUAUCGGAUGGAGCUCAAUCCAAUGUGUGUUUCCCCUC